AUGGCAGGGAAACUAAUGCAUGCCGUUCAGUAUGAUAGCUAUGGUGGAGGCGCGGCGGGUUUAAAGCAUGUUGAGGUUCCAGUCCCUAGUGCCAACAAAGACGAGGUUUUGCUUAAGGUAGAAGCUACUAGUGUAAACCCAGUUGAUUGGACAAUGCAGAAAGGCGUUAUGCGCCCUAUUUUACCUCGACGAUUCCCGUGGAUCCCCUGUACUGAUGUGGCAGGAGAGGUUGUAGCAGUUGGGCCAGGAGUUGAAAAUUUCAAAACUGGUGACAAAGCUGUAGCUGUACUUAGCCAAUUUAGUGGAGGUGGACUAGCUGAAUUUGUAGUGGCUGAGAAGAGCUCGUCAGUUGCAAGGCCGCCUGAAGUUUCAGCAGCUGAAGGCGCAGGCUUGCCUAUUGCUGGACUCACAGCUCUUAAGGCUCUCACUGAAUCUGCUGGGGUCAAGCUUGAUGGAAGUGGUGUGGGUCACUAUGCAGUUCAGCUAGCAAAGCUUGGAAACACUCAUGUGACUGCCACUUGUGGGGCUCGUAACAUUGAAUUUGUGAAGAACUUAGGGGCUGAUGAGGUUCUGGAUUACAAAACCCCAGAAGGAGCAGCUCUGAAGAGCCCAUCUGGUAAGAAAUAUGAUGCUGUGAUUCACUGUGCAUCAGGCAUACCUUGGAGUACUUUUGAGCCAAAUCUAAGUGAGAAUGGAAAGGUUGUAGAUAUCACUCCCGGCCCCAGUGCCAUGAUGACUUUUGCUGUGAAGAAACUUACCUUCUCCAAGAAGCAGCUGGUGCCACUGCUUCUGAUUCCCAAUGGCGAGAACCUGAAUUAUCUUGUUAAUCUGGUAAAGGAAAGGAAGCUUAAAACAGUGAUCGACUCAAAGCAUCCAUUAAGCAAAGCUGAAGAUGCUUGGGCUAAGAGUAUCGAUGGUCAUGCCACAGGGAAGAUCAUUGUGGAGCCGUGA